AAAAAGAAGCCAGAUUCCGUGACCGGUUUGAGUCAACCGCAUAAAAUAACUUUCGCCGAUUUCCACCAUCCAAAUCCAAAGAAAUAACAAGAAAUCCCUAGAAAUUCAAACUUAUGAAUCCCGACGAUCCCUAAGAAACAGAAGAACAAAUGCAUGAUCACAGAGGAGGAGGUGCAACGCCACUAAUGGCACCACCGCACCACCAACAACCACCACCGCCACACCAACAACCAAGAAGAAAAGGGGCUGGAAUCAGAUCAUGGUUAGUAGUAUCAGAUUCAGGUAAAUCACAUGUAGAAGAAGUAGGGAAACAUCCAAUUAUGAGAAGAACUGGUUUACCAGCGCGUGAUUUAAGAAUUCUCGAUCCAGUUCUUUCAUAUCCAUCAACAAUACUUGGUAGAGAAAAAGCUAUUGUUGUUAAUUUAGAACAUAUCAAAGCGAUUAUUACUGCUACCGAAGUAUUUGUAUUGAAUUUUAAAGAUCCUGUUGUUUCUCCUUUUGUUCAUGAUCUUGAACAAAAGGUUUCUGGUAAUGAAAACCCUAAUAAGGCUGUUACUGAGGAGGAAUCACCAAAUGGUAAUGAAGAGGAAGGUUUGCUGCAGUUUAGGGAUUCAUUUCGUAAUUCACCUGCUAAGAAUGGUGAUGAUAAUGUGGCAAAGGGAUUGGUAGAUGUGCCGAAGACGGGUGGGCCUGUGGUUUUGCCUUUUGAGUUUAAAGCGCUGGAAGUUUGUCUUGAAUGUGCUUGUAAGAGUCUUGAAACUGAGACAUCCACACUGGAACAAGAAGCAUAUCCAGCCUUAGAUGAGUUGACCUCUAAAAUCAGUACGCUUAACCUCCAACGUGCUAGACAUAUAAAGAGUCGUCUAGUUGCAGUGUUUGGACGUGUGCAAAAGGUUCGAGAUGAACUUGAAAACUUGCUGGAUGAUGAUAUGGAUAUGGCUGAGAUGUAUUUGACAGAAAAGCUUGUACAUUUGGGGUCUGAAGAAGCUGCUUCAAAGGAUGAUAAUGAAAUAAACAAUGAUGAAUUUGAGUCAGACAAUGAAAGCGAUGAUGAUGAUGAAUCGCAGAGCAACAAGAGCAGUAUGCUAACUGGUUUUAAGCCAAACGUUGAAGAGUUGGAGAUGCUUUUAGAAGCUUACUUUGCACAGAUAGAAGGAACAUUAAACAAACUAUCAACUAUGAGGGAAUACAUAGAUGACACAGAGGAUUACAUCAAUAUAAUGCUGGAUGACAAACAGAAUCAGCUUCUACAGAUGGGAGUUUUGCUGAGUACAGCGAAUUUAUUACUAAAUGCGGGAAUUGUAGUUGUAGGAGUCUUUGGCAUGAAUGUUCACAUCGAUCUCUUUGAUCCUCUUCCCGGAGAAGAUGAGAAUAAUGCCUCUUCUACAAGGUUUCUGCAAACUACAUGUGGUACUUUAGUUGGUUGCCUUGUUUUGUACUUCAUUUCCAUCUUCUUUGGUAAGAAAAGAGGACUUUUGGAAUAAGCAGAUUCAACUGAAGGUAUGCCUCUUUUAAUUCAGCUCUCAUCAAUGUAAUUAUUUUUCAAUCCUAAGACAUGUUCAUUGAAGAAAGGCCCAAUUUGUACAGUUGAAUUCCUUUGCAUUUAUACAUGAAAGUUCCUCUUCCUUCCUUUC